UGCUCCUGCCAAGUUGUUAGCAUCUGCCAAGACAGCAACAUGGAACAGGCCAGUCCUCUUUGUGAGGGGGUUUCCCUGCUUCACACUGUAGUUGAUGGGGAACACCACUAUAAAGUGAAGAAAGUUUUGACCCACGCACAAAGUACUUUUGCCAGGAAGGGAGACAAAAUCCUGAUGAUAAAUGGUGUGAAGACUAAGGAUUUGCCCCCAGAGGAGUUCGCCAAAAUGCUAUGUUCAAGAUCUCCCAGCCUGACUAUACACCAAACAAGCAUCAACACAGGCAUAAAUGAAUGCUUUGAGUCUGAUGGUAUCCCAUCGUACAGCAAGGAGAUCACCUUGCACUUCAGAAUGGCUAUGGUUAGAGAGGAGUGUCUGGAGGGAGAAGAAAAUGCAGUGGACCCAGCUAUGUGUGAAUGGGAGAGUGACUACACUGAAGAUGACCAGGAACUGCUUCUUGUGUCCAUGAAUGAAACCAGUGUAGCAGUUACGAGUGGAAGAGGCUGUGAUCCUGAAAACCCCUGCAACAGUUGCGGCUGUCAUGGGUGCAACCUCAGUGAAGUUGUUUUGGUAGCUGAUUCGUGUAACAACGUUACAUCAGUUGGCAGGGACUACAUCAGGAACUCUGCCAAAAAACAACACUGGAUGAGGCUUGUACAAGAGUUUAAACCAUACAAUUUCUUGUCAGUGGAUAUGACUAUUUACUACUACAUCACAAAUAUACUAUCAGAUCUUGAUAGAGGUGUCCCUGUUGUACUGAACUUCACUGGCUCCAGUAAGUUCCUGAAAUGCACACGUGAGAAUGACAAAGUAGUUCUGAAAUUUGAGUACUGUGAUGAAAACCAACUGAAGAAAGUCUGUAAGGAUCAUGAGGAAAUGUGGCCUUUUGUCUUCUACAUGAAGACUUUGAAGGACAGUACGCAACACUUCGAGUCAGCUGCACACAGAGGUUGGUUUAUCCAGACUACAUAUCCUAAAAUCUCUUUGUAUAUGGAAAAUUCACUAGAACAAAUCAGUGGAAGCUUCUAUUUCGUAAUUUCAUACAAGUCCACACCACAGUGAGGUCAUCUUUUCCAAGACAGGCGGUAAUUCCCCAUUUCAAUCCACAUGGGGUUCAGAGUUGAAUUUAAUUCAUUAUGCAAAUGUGAAUUGACUGAAAAUAUUGCAGUUGUUGGUAUAAAUCAGCAGCAGCAAAAGGGUUGAAUUUACCCUUUGACACAGACUUGUCAAAUACCUUAUAUUCUUCACAGAGUAACGUUAACCUCAAUAAGUUAAGUGAUACUUUUUUAAUCCCACAAACAAAAUUCCAGCUCCGCAUUUAACCCAUCCAUGAAGUGAAACACCACAUACACACUAGGGAAUACACACACACUAGGGGGCAGUGAGCACACUUGCCCGGAGCGGUAGGCAGCCCUAUCCAUGGCGCCCGGGGAACGAUUGGGGGCUAGGUGUCAAGGUCAUGGACUGUCAGCACUGGGGAUCAAACCGGAAACCUUCCGGUCACAGGGCCAGUUCCCUAACCUCCAGCCCAUGACUGACCAAUAUUAAUGGUUCUUACUUUCAUUCAUUAUUACAUACAAUGCCAUUUUUGGUGUAAAUAUAGUUUCCAAGUUCCUUUUUGUUAAAAUUGAACUAGUUUGCUUUGCAGAGUCAGGACAAAAUAUGUUAAAAUAUAAGUUCAAAAUACAGGGUGAGUCAAAAGUCACAG